UGAAUGAAGAUUAAAAAUAUCUACCAGCAUGCUCUUGGAAAGCUUCAAUAAAAGAAUGCUAUUUUCCUUUUUUUAAAAUUUUCUUGUCCUUUUUGUUUCUGAUCCAAUUUAAAAUUGUCCUUUUUGUUUAAUUCUGACCCCUUAUUUCUUAAAAUGAGGAUAGAAAUUUUAAGUUCUCAAUUUUGAGGCUGCAAGCACUUCAGAGAAGAGUCUGAAGUGUUCCUGCAGAGAUAAUUUCAAACUUAAACACCAAACUUCACAGAAAUAAAGCACUUCACGCUCUUCCUCUCUCUUUGCAGGUUUACGACUUCCCGCCAUCUGUCAGUAAAGAUGUUCCUGAUGCUCAGCCAAUCAGAGAAGAGACUUACGACGUACCCCCACACUUUGCCAAACUCAAACCCCCAGUCCCCGCCCCCUCAGGCCAGUACCUGCACAACAACUCGAAUGAUGACGAUGAGCCACCGAUACCAGAGGAUGUGUACGAUGUCCCACCCCCUAUCCUGACUGACAAGCAUUACCAUGGAGACCGGGGCGGAGUCAGCCAGGCUCGCCAGGAAAUCUACGACAUCCCAGCCAGUCUGCGAACUGGAGGACAUCAUACCCAAGACGUCUACGACUUCCCCCGUGGGGGAGAGGAGAAGGGGGGAGAGAGAGGAGAUCAAUACGUGUACGACAUCCCCCCACAGGUACGGCAGUUAAAAGGACAGUCCGGCAAAUUUAUGCUUUCUUUUUGUGAUUAAAUGUUUGCCUUUAAACAUUAAUGAUGUUAGUUUUAAUGUCAGCUCCAUUCAAGUUUAGAGACAAGUCCACGAAAAUCUAUUGAAUUUUUAAAAUAGUUUGGACACUUAGUAAAUUGUUAAUACAAACAAAAUUAGAAUCAUUAUGAGUCUAUUUUGAACUGAAAAUGGUACAACGAAAACAUUAAAAAAUGAAUUAGAAAACUGUUAUUGUUCAUUAAAUAAUCCUGCUUAUUUUCAAUUCAAUGUCAGCUACACAGUUAAAAAAAUGUAAGAGAAACAACCAAAAAGGUAAAAAAAAAUGUGUAAUGGCAAAAAAAAAAAAGCUGGAGGAAACCACGCAAAGAAGAACCCAGAUAGAAACAGGAUAAAGUCGAAAACUGUUCUGUGGUCUGAUAGUUAAGAUAUUUGAUACUGUUUGCCACUUAUGACCAUCUAUAAAAGUGAUCCAGUGACAGAGGAGACUUCUCUGAACCUGAGUCCAUUUAAGGUGGACUGAGGGAAAGAGGAAACUUGUGAUGCUGCAUCCUCCUCAGGGUCCACUCAGCUUGUUUUCAGCUCCCAUGUUAAGUCCAGCAUCCCUGAUGGUAUGGGGAUCAUCAGAGUCCAUGUCAUGGGUAUCUUCUGUGAAGGCUCCAUUAAUGCUGAACAAUAUCUACAGGUUUAGGAGCAACAUCUGCUGCCAUCCAGACAAUAAUCUUUUUAGGGAAGACCUUCAUAUUUCAUUAAGACAAUGACAAACCACAUUCUGACAACAGGGAUUACAACAGCAUGGCUCUGUAGUAGAGGAGUCCUGCUGCUGACUGUUGAGCAGCUGAAAUUCUCUAUCAGGCAAGAAUUGGACAUUUCACUCUCCAAACUCCAGAAACUGGUCUGUCUCCUGGGUUCACUAAGGUUUAGUGAACCCAGAAGUGUUGGGAAAGACACAGUGUAGUCAGGAUUGUGUGCAGAGAGUGAUGUAACAGCUGUUUGUCGUCCAAAAAUCAUCAAACUCUUUCUAAGACAUGUCUGUCUCUGUAGCAAUCCACUAAAUAUCACAACGUGAGCCUGUCAGGGACAAAAACAAGAACUAUGAGUGGACUCACUCAAGAGGCACAAACAAAAGCUGUCAUGUGUUCAAUGUAAUCCUCCGUCACUGUUUACCUGCUGCAGAUAUUUACAAACUCUGUGUACCUCUAUGCCAUUUCAACAUAUGUGUGUGUUUGUGUUUGUGUUUGUUUACAGGUGGUUCGUGACCCUCAGUCCACAGGUGAGGACCUGUCCAUGUCUUUCAAGCGUCUGUCCGCCUCCAGCACAGGAAGCACACGGAGCAACCACUCUGCUUCAUCCUUAGACAUGGUUCCUGUCAGAGACACCUCCUCACUUCCGGCCCCUGGUUCCACCCCAGCGAAACCCCUCAUCUUGGACCUGGAGCAGGCCAUGGAGCGUCUGUCUCGCCUCCAGCAAGCAGUGGAGUCCAGUGUGUCCCUCAUGAUGUCCUUCAUCACAGGCAACUGGAGGAGCCCAGCUCACCUGGAGGGGAACCUCUCGGCCAUCCAUCAGGCUGCAGACCGGGUCCGCGCCGCAGUCCGGGACUUUCUGGAGUUUGCCCGUGGAGCAGUGGCGAAUGCCGCUCAGGCCACAGAUCGCUCUCUGCAGAGUAAACUGGGUCGCCAAGUGGGGAAGAUGGAGGAGGUGUUCCAGAGUCUGAUCCGACACAGUCAGAGUUUAGACGCCAUCUCCUGGUCACACGCAGCACUGACAGCACCCCCGCCAGGAGGGGAUGAUUUGGACCGGCUAAUCAUGACGGCGAGAGGCAUCCCUGACGAUGCCAAGCAACUCGCCUCAUUUCUCCACGGUAAUGCCUCGCUGCUCUUCAAACGGACCAACCGGCAGCAGCAGCAGCUGCCACUUCCUCCAAUCCCCGGAGAGAUCAGUGGUCACAUGACAGGAUCAGGAAGUGGGACCUACCAGGGUGGAGAGAAGGCGAACAUUCAGUCACGGCCCCUCCCCUCGCCGCCAAAGUUUACAGCUGCAGAGGAAGAGGAGGGCGUGGACCGGCCAUAUGAGACCACAGAGGAAGGCUGGAUGGAGGACUACGACUAUGUGCAUCUACAGGUGUGUAAACACACACACACACGCACACACACACACGCAUGCACGCACAUGCAUAUCUUUUUAUAGCUGUGAGAACGUUUUUAGUGCUCAGGAGUCAAAAUGCUUCUCUGUGAAUUUUUGCAGCAUUUACUGAAAUAUUUCCGCUGUGUGUCUUCCUCUCUGGAGUUCUGGAACUAUCUUAGCUUAACCCUCUAGACCCUGAGCUCCAGACCCUCCUCACCCCUCCUCACAGAGCCGGGCAGACAUUUUGUCUGAAUGAACAUGUUGCAGUGCUUUACAUGACAUCACUUCUUUCUCCUUAUGCAUUUUAAAAAAAAUGAAUGACUGUGUUUAGAGGAAAUAUUCUCUGUCGGCAAAUAAAUAACAAGGGAGAGCUUUAAUCUAUACAUGCUGCGCAGACAAGCUGCAGCUUUAAGUGGUUUACUUUAUGUUUGUGUUAUUUUUAUUUGUUGUAAAGGUAAAUGGACAUGCAUAUUACACAAAAAAAUCAUACAGUCAACUACCUCUUCCUCAAAAUUUAUUUUGACAAAUCAGACAAAAGCUGCAGAUUAAUAAACAAACUCUGAGCUCAGAACUCUGAGAUGCACCAGAAAUGACCUGAGUCAAGGGAUGCUUGAUAUUAUUAGUAUGAUCAUGUUGACAUUUUGGCCAAAAAGGUGAUGUGUUAAUUAUGUGCAUGCAAUGACAGCUUUCACACACAUACAUAGCUAUGAUGAAUUCACAGGUUAGUCACUUUAAUAUGAGCUCUAAUUUACUGACAAUAUAUGUGUGACUGUCAAAACAGUGGAAUGUGAGAGCUGUCUAAAUAUCCACACUGCGUUACUUUGCAGCAUUUGUUUAUCAGAAAUACAAAGAUGUCAUACAUCCAGCUAUGACUUUGAUACUUUUUGAUUAACACGCAGAUAUAUAACAUACAGUACUUUACUUACUACCGCACUUUUUAAAGUACUUUAAAGGCAGAGCUGCAGAGCACUAUGUGGUGAAACAAAUCAUUUAAAAGCUUGUUAUAUGAAAAAGUUUAAAAUUCCAGCAACUUCAAGUCAGAGAACAACUUUAUUCGUAUAUUUCUUACAUGUUUUAUUUGUGUGUCAGUAAAGAUUUUUAAUAACUAAAAAUGCUGCUGCAGUUCCAAUCCUUGUCUUCCCUCUCUGGGCGUAGUGAAGUUGAGGUUGUGCCAGAAUCCUCCACCCAACUGAAGAAGUGCAGGCAAUGCCAGUUUAUAGAUCUUACUAUAGUUCCUGCACCGGCCACCAGAGGGAGACAGAGAUGAUUCAGUUUGACAUGUUUUCAGUCACACAUGUAGCAGUGUGAGUGCGGUAACACUAAUGAGUGUUUGUGUGUAUGUGUGUGUCUAUGUGUGUGCACGUGUUGGUGUGCCAGGGUAAGGAGGAGUUUGAGAAGAACCAAAGACAGCUUCUGGAGAAAGGAAACAUCACCAGACACAAAACACAACUGGAACAGCAACAGGUACGUUACCUGAGAGUGUGUCUGGUGUCUAGUGUGUGUGUUUCACCUAUCCAUCGUUGCACCCCUGGUAAAGUUUUAACCCGCUCCUUCCUGCCCUUAGAUCAAACAGUUUGAGCGGCUUGAGCAGGAAGUCAGCCGGCCAAUCAACAAUGAUAUGACGGGCUGGGUACCGUCACCGCAUCACCCUCUGGCCAAUCAGGUGGGCCAGAAUGGCUCUGGAGGCUCCACUUCCACCUCUAAACUAUGCCAAGGAGACCGGCAGCUCCUCCUCUUCUACCAGGAACAGUGCGAGCAGAACGUAACCACGGUGACUAACGCCAUUGACGCCUUCUUCACCGCCGUCAACUCCAAUCAGCCACCAAAGAUCUUCGUGGCGCACAGCAAGUUUGUCAUCCUCAGCGCGCACAAGCUGGUGUUCAUCGGAGACACGCUGUCCCGGCAGGCCAAGUCCCCGGACGUGAGGGCGCGCGUGGCUCAGAGCAGCAACACACUGUGUGAAAAACUCAAAGACAUCGUCAUCAGCACCAAGACGGCGGCGCUGCAGUACCCGUCCCCUGGGGCCGCCCGGGACAUGACAGAGCGGGUGAGGGAGCUGGCGGGAUGCACACAGCAGUUCAGAAUGGUGCUGGGACAGCUGCUGGUCAUGUAGGGGGGAAGAGGGGGAGAGCAGGACAGUGACACAAACUGAGGAACAGGGGAACCCUGGAUCACAGGGUGGGAGCUGACCCUGCAGCAGGAAGGAGGAGGACCUGGAGCUCAAAGCCCUGGAUCCCUUCAGCUCCUGAUAUGUAGCGUGGUAAACCCUGUGUGGCCCUGGAUCCUGGGGGUCCCCCCUCCUCUCUCACCGGGACCACUUCUCCCCAUCCCUCCUUUUUUACUCUCAAUAGGACAUUUCCUCUCAGUGGGCGGGGCCAUCGGUUGUAAAAUAAUCAUUGUAAAUAUUUAAGUUCCCUGUUUAGUCCUCAGACAGACGGCAGUACAGAAAUAUAAAUAUAUGGAUGGUUUUUUUGAGGACAGAUGAAACAUACGUGUAGUUUUUAGACAUGAACAAUAAUUGUUAUUAUUAUUAUUAUUAUUGUUAUUAUUAUUAUUAUGAGUAUACCCCAUAAUUCUGGCUGAUUCUUGUAUCUCUAUGUUAUGGAUGUGUAAAUUCCAGAUGAUAUGUAUGGCUGUAUGUUGUUGUGCGUCAAUGCUCUCCUCCACCCUGACAGGUAACAAACACUGGAGCACACCUGUCUGUGACCUUCACCUAAGGACAGACUGUCAGCUCUGCAGAGUGGGAGCUGAGUGUGGUCACCUGUGGAUCAGUAAAGGUGUCCACAUUGACUGUUCUGACUCACCUGCAGCAGAGGCGGUCUGAACACCUGGAGACUCUGUGGGCUGUUUUUGUAAGAGGCAUGUUUAGAGGAGAGGAGUGUAAAGGGUGAAAACGACAAAUAAAUUAAACCUGAUUUUCUUUCCUCUCA